AUGUCAAACAACUUGGAGAAACCGACUCCAGUCCCCGAUGAGGAUGACGAACCCGAUGAUUGGGACAAGAGGAUAUUCAGCACUGGCUGUCACGCCGAGCAAGAUAAAAUGAAUGACUGCUAUUUUGCAAAGAAGGAUUGGCCUUCAACACCAUUGCACAUAAUGGCUGCUUCCCUUCGAAUUCGCCCGUGGAGGGCAAUUGAGACUCUCCAAAAUGCGAAACAAGCACCAUGCGCCCCGAGAGCCGUCAGCCAACGAAUCAAUCAGCUUUACAGCCCAAUGACCAAGCGUACAAUUGCCUAUAGCCAAAACCGCAACAACCAGACCUCAACCAAACCCUCGCCAUCACCCUCCCCCUCAGCUCCGAAGCCAUCAUCCGCCAACCCCAGUACACCAGCAUCUCGCGUCUCAAGCCCCACCCCAGACCGCGCGACAACAGAAAAUAUCUCCAAGAGCGGACUCUCCGAUAAGCCCCUCGAGCUCGAGUCUCCCGCCGAAGAAAGAAUCGACUGGACUCGCUCCUUCCACGGCCUAUCAGCCGCUCCCUUCCCCAAAGAAGCAGCCGACAUCCUCCUCGCCGAGACAGACCCCAUGGAAGUCGAGAUCAAGCCCGAUGGCAUCCUCUACCUACCAGAGAUCAAAUACCGACGUAUUCUGAACCGCGCAUUCGGACCCGGUGGAUGGGGUCUCGUGCCGCGUAGCGAGAGCAUCGUCACCCCGAAGACAGUGACGAGAGAAUACGCGCUCGUUUGCAACGGACGUCUUGUUUCCGUUGCUCGUGGUGAACAGGAUUAUUUCUCCCCGGAUGGUAUCCCCACCGCUACUGAAGGGUGUCGCUCGAAUGCGCUGGUGCGCUGCUGCAAGGAUCUGGGAAUUGCUAGUGAGCUGUGGGAUCCGCGAUGGAUUAGAAAUUACAAGGCAAAGUAUACCCGCGAGGUAUUUGUUGAACAUGUGGUUAAUAAGCGCAAGUCGAAGAUUUGGACUCGAAAGGAUGAUCCGGUUGGAUAUCCUUGGAAGGAAAGCAAAUAG